AUGAUUUCUGUUGAAGAUCCUCAAGGCAUCAUGACGACGCAAGAGAAAAAAGAACCCUCCGAUCAGAGGCCAUCGACACCGGAAACGCUUCCGGGUACUGUGAGCUCCUGCUCUCUGGAAGACAUUGCUGCCUAUCAUACAGUAGUCGAUGACCAUGACGCGAAUGCCCCAAGCUCGGUUUGCCAACAACGAAAGUUGAGUGCUGCCAUUGUCACAACCCCCGAUGCCCUGCAACAACAUGAUUUCGUGGCGGGUCGACCCACGCUGAGCGUAAACGCCUUGACUAACCACAACCACACGGACAGACCGGCUCUUCCGCCCAUCAAUCAUCGCCUUUCCAUCUAUGACACCCCUCCGCCCAAGCCACCCUCGAGCAAACAUCAUCGAGGAGCCAGUACCAGUGUACCCAGGAGACACCGUGAAAGCAGCAACAAGGGCUCCACCACCAGUGUCACUUCUACCAAGAGCCUCACCCGCCAGAAUAGCGCUCCUUCCUAUGCAACGUAUGGAAGUCUCCUCAACGACCCUCACGGUCUUCGGGUCGAUGCCUGGGCCGAACCACCUGCCAGCAACUACAAUGUCCGUGGCAUUACCUACAUGCAUGACCGGAAUAAGGUGCCCUCGGAAGAAGCACUCUUUUCCUUGCUCACCGUCGAUGUGGUACACACAGCCGACGGUCGUCCCAUUAUGGAAGGACUCUGUAAUCACCCCAAUGAACGCAUCCAGCGUGCCCUCCGACGAGAAAAAGAGACUGGGAUCAAGGAACUCCCCGAUUUUAUCUUUGCCGUUAAUUUGGCCAUUCCCGGCCCGCCCUUUUAUCACAUCAUGGUCUAUAUGGGUUGCGACGAUGUGGACGCCUUACGAGAUACCGAUACUCCCGUGGGAAAGUUGACCAACCCAUUCUUUUUUGGGCCCUCGGAUGACUUUCGAGACAGCGCUUUCAAGUUGAUUCCCAGAAUUGUCGAUGGAAACUUUGUCGUCAAAAAGGCUGUGGGUUCCAAACCCACCAUUCUAGGGCGCAAGUUGAAGCAGCAUUACAUUCGAAGUCCCCGCUUCUUGGAAUUGAUUGUCGAUAUCGAAAGUGACAGUAUUGCCAAAAAGGUUGUCUCGCUAAGCGUAAGCUACGCCAAGACCAUCAUCACAGACAUGAUGUUUGUCCUGGAAGCAGACAACAUCGAAACACUUCCGGAACGCAUCCUGGGUGGUGUGCGACUCAAGAAUAUCGACUUGAAGAAGGUGGAUGGACAGCGCAAAGUACAACGCUACAACAAGAAAUAA